AUGGACUGUGGCCCGCCAGGCUUCUCCAUCGGAUUUCCCAGACAAGAAUACUGGAGUGGGUUACCAUUUCCUACUCCAGGGGCUCUUCUCGACCCAGGCAGGGAUCGACUCGAGUUUCCUGCAUUGGCAGCCUCCAGAAAGAUGCCCACCCAAUGUUCCCUAACUUCCAUCCUGGCUCUUCUGAUGCUGCUGGGCACUGUCACAGCAGGCCCUUUCUCUCCACGUUCCAAUGUGACACUCCCAGCCCCACGGCCCCCUCCGCAGCCGGGGGGCCGUACAGUGCAGCCAGAAGGGGGAGGCCCUUCUUCUCGGCUCUACGAGCACACCGUGGAAGGAGGGGAGAAGCAGGUGGUGUUCACCCACCGCAUUAACCUGCCCCCUUCAGCUGGCUGUGGCUGUCCCCCAGGCACUGAGCCCCCUGUCCCUGCUUCAGAGGUGCAGGCCCUGAGGGUCCGAUUGGAGAUCCUGGAGGAGCUGGUGAAGGGGCUCAAGGAACAGUGCACUGGGGGGUGUUGUCCUCCGGCUGCCCAGGCUGGCACAGGCCAGACCGACAUUCGAAGCCUCUGCAGUCUCCAUGGCGUGUUUGACCUGAGCCGCUGUGCCUGCUCCUGCGAGCCAGGCUGGGGUGGGCCCACCUGCUCGGAUCCCGCAGGUGCGGAGGGACCCCCCUCCUCACCACCCUCUGCCCCCGGUUCCUGCCCGGAUGACUGCAAUGAUCAGGGUCGCUGCGUCCGUGGUCGCUGCGUGUGCUUCCCUGGCUACACCGGGCCCAGUUGUAGCUGGCCCUCCUGCCCCGGGGACUGCCACGGCCGCGGGCGCUGCGUGCAGGGCGUGUGCGCGUGCCGCUCGGGCUUCUCCGGGGACGACUGCAGUGUGCGCUCCUGCCCUCGCGGCUGCAGCCAGAGGGGACGCUGCGAGGACGGGCGCUGCGUGUGCAAUCCAGGCUACAGUGGCGAGGACUGUGGGGUGAGGAGCUGCCCCCGAGACUGUAGCCAGAGAGGACGCUGCGAGAAUGGGCGCUGCGUGUGCAACCCCGGUUACACUGGCGACGACUGUGGGGUGAGGAGCUGUCCCCGAGGCUGCAGCCAGAAGGGGCGAUGCGAGGACGGGCGCUGCGUCUGUGACCCGGGCUACGCUGGUGACGACUGCGGCUCGCGGACCUGCCCGUGGGACUGUGGCGAGGGCGGGCGCUGUGUGGACGGCCGCUGCGUGUGCUGGCCCGGGUACGCGGGCGAGGACUGCAGCACGCGGACCUGUCCCCGCGCCUGUCGGGGCCGAGGGCGUUGCGAGGAUGGCGAAUGCAUCUGCGAUCCCGGGUACAGUGGGGACGACUGCGGCGUGCGCAGCUGCCCGGGCGACUGCAACCAAAGGGGCCGCUGCGAGGACGGCCGCUGCGUGUGCUGGCCCGGGUACUCGGGGCCCGACUGCGGCGCGCGCGCCUGCCCGCGCGACUGUCGGGGCCGCGGGCGCUGCGAGAACGGCGUAUGCGUGUGCCACGCGGGCUACAGUGGCGAGGACUGCGGCGUGCGCAGCUGUCCCGGGGACUGUCGCGGCCGGGGCCGUUGCGAGAGUGGCCGCUGCGUGUGUUGGCCCGGGUACACAGGCCGGGACUGCGGUACGCGCGCCUGCCCUGGCGACUGUCGCGGGCGCGGGCGCUGCGUAGACGGCCGCUGCGUGUGCAACCCGGGCUUCGCAGGAGAGGACUGCGGGAGCCGUCGGUGUCCCGGGGACUGUCGUGGUCGCGGCCGCUGCGAAGAUGGCGUGUGCUCGUGCGAUGUGGGCUACGAGGGCGAAGACUGCGGCACGCGCAGCUGCCCCAGGGGUUGCCAAGGCCGCGGCCAGUGCCUGGAGGGGCGCUGCGUGUGCGACGACGGCUACGAGGGUGAGGACUGCGGCGUGAGACGGUGCCCGCGCGACUGCAACCAGCGGGGCGUGUGCCAGGAUGGUGUGUGCACCUGUUGGGAGGGCUUCGCGGGCGAGGACUGCGGCCUCCGUGCCUGCCCCUCCAACUGUCACCGGCGCGGCCGCUGCGAGAACGGGCGCUGCUUGUGCGACUCUGGCUACACAGGCCCCUCCUGCGCCACCCGCACCUGCCCGGCCGACUGCCGGGGCCGUGGUCGCUGUGUGCAGGGCGUGUGCGUGUGCCACGUGGGCUACAGCGGCGAGGACUGUGGGCAGGAAGAGCCUCCUGCCAGCGCCUGCCCCGGGGGCUGCGGGCCACGGGAACUGUGCCGCGCAGGCCAGUGUGUCUGCGUCGAGGGCUUCCGGGGCCCCGACUGCGCCAUCCAGACGUGCCCCGGGGACUGCCGCGGCCGGGGAGAGUGUCAUGAGGGCAGCUGCGUCUGCCAAGACGGCUAUGCAGGGGAAGACUGCGGGGAAGAGGUGCCAGCCAUCGAGGGCAUGAGGAUGCACCUGCUGGAGGAGACGACAGUUCGGACAGAGUGGACCCGGGCUCCCGGCAAUGUGGAUGCCUAUGAAAUCCAGUUCAUCCCAACGACAGAGGGGGCGAGCCCCCCAUUCACAGCACGGGUGCCCAGCUCUUCCUCAGCCUAUGACCAGAGAGGAUUAGCCCCUGGUCAGGAGUACCAGGUCACUGUCCGUGCCCUUCGAGGGACUAGCUGGGGCCCUCCUGCCUCCAAGACCAUCACCACCAUGAUUGACGGCCCCCAGGACCUCCGCGUGGUGGCUGUGACACCAACCACACUGGAGCUCAACUGGCUGCGCCCCCAGGCUGAAGUGGACCGGUUUGUGGUGUCCUACGUCAGUGCUGGCAACCAGAGGGUGCGGCUGGAAGUGCCCUCCGAGGCAGACCGGACGCUGCUGACUGGCCUGAUGCCAGGCGUAGAAUAUGUGGUGACCGUCACUGCCGAGCGGGGCCGGGCAGUAAGCUACCCAGCUUCCAUCAGGGCCAACACAGCACCAGGCCACUACAGUUACCCGGAGGCGCAGCCCCCAGCGCCGCCCCCCAAGCCCCGGCCCCGGCCGGCCCCGGCCCCGCGGCCCCCGCGGCCCGAGCGCCCAGCGCCGCCCCCUCGGCCCUCGCGGCCCGCGGAGCAGGGGGAGGCGGAGUCUCCGCCGCGGCCGAGCCCGCCCCAGGCCCCUCGGCGGGCGUGGGGCAACCUGACCGCCGAGCUGGGCCGCUUCCGCGGCACGGUGCAGGACCUGGAGCGUCACCUGCGGGCUCACGGCUACCCACUGCGAGCCAACCAGACCUACACGUCGGUGGCGCACCACAUCCACGAAUACUUGCAGCGGCGUCGCUCCCCUGCACCCCCGCCCGGUCGCCCCCACCCCACCGCCAGCCCCGACUCGGGCACCUGGAAGCGGGACUCCAACCAGGGCAUCUACGGCCUCUCGCCCGAAGGCGUCGACCGGGUGGCGGCGCCCCGCCACCCCAAGCCCGAGGUGCUGGGCACUUCCGCCGACGGCGCGCUCCUCGUGUCGCUCGACGGGCUCCGCGGCCACUUCGAGCGCGUGGUGCUGCGCUGGCGGCCACAGCCGCCCGCGGAGGGGCCCGCCGGGGAGCUGACCGUGCCGGGCACCGCGCGCACCGUCAGUCUGCCCGAUCUCAAGCCCGGCACCACCUACCACGUGGAGGUCCACGGGGUGCGGUCAGGGCAGACCUCCAAGUCCUACGCCUUCAUCACCACCACAGGGUCCUCCCUCUCAGGCCUCAUGGGGGCCACUGAUGAGCCUCCUCCCUCAGGCCCUUCAACGACUCAAGGGGCUCAGGCCCCUGUCCUGCAGCAGCGCCCCCAGGAGCUGGCCGAGUUGAGGGUGCUGGGCAAAGACAAGACAGGGCGCCUCCGAGUGGCCUGGACCGCCCAGCCUGACACCUUUGCCCACUUCCAGCUGCGCCUACGGGUGCCCGAAGGGCCAGAGGCCCAUGAGGAGCUACUGCCAGGGGAUGUCCGUCAAGCUCUGGUGCCCUCACCCCCUCCCGAAUCCCCCUACGAGCUGUCACUUCGUGGGAUCCCUCCCGAUGGCGAGCCCUCUGCCCCUCUCAUCUACCAAGGCAUUAUGGACAAGGAUGGGGAGAAACCUGGGAAGCCCUUGGCCCCACCUCGCCUGGGCAAGCUGACAGUGACAGACGUGACCUCGGACUCCCUGCUUCUGCACUGGACAGUCCCUGAGGGCGAGUUCGAUUCCUUCAUCAUCCAGUACAAAGACAGGGACAGGCCCCAGGUGGUGCCUGUAGAGGGGCCCCAGCGCUCUGCCCUCAUCUCCAACCUGGACGUCGGCCGCAAGUACAAAUUUGUCCUGUACGGGCUCGUGGGCAAGAAGAGGCACGGCCCCCUGGUGGCUGAAGCCAAGAUCUUGUCUCAGACUGAUCCCAACCCAGUGACUCCACCCCGCCUGGGGAAGCUGUGGGUGACUGAUCCCACCCCAGACUCACUGCACCUCUCCUGGACUGUCCCUGAGGGCCAGUUUGACUCCUUCGUGGUCCAGUACAGGGACAGGGACGGCCGGCCGCAGGUGGUGCCCGUGGAAGGGCCCGAGCGCUCCAUCAUUAUCUCCCCACUGGACCCUGACCACAAGUACAGAUUCACUUUGUUUGGAAUUGCCAACAAGAAGCGGCACGGCCCCCUCACGGCCGAUGGCACCACCGCCCCAGAGAAGAAAGAGGAGUCCCGCCACCCAGAGCCCCCAGAGCAGCCCCUGCUGGGGGAGCUGACAGUGGCUGGCGCCACUGCAGACUCCCUGCGCCUCUCCUGGACGGUGGCCCAGGGCUCUUUCGACUCCUUCGUGGUCCAGUACAAGGAUGCCCAGGGGCGGCCCCAAGCAGUGCCCGUCAGGGGUGAUGAGAAUGAGGUCGCCAUCCCUGGCCUGGAGCCCGACCGGAAGUAUAAGAUGAACCUCUACGGGCUUCAUGGCAGGCAGCGCAUGGGGCCCGUGUCCGUGGUGGCCAUCACAGCCCCCCAGGAAGUCCUGGAUGAGACCCCCAGUGCCACAGAGAUGGAGGAGACCCCCAGCCCCACAGAACCCAGCACAGAGGCCACAGAGCCCCCCAAGAAGCCCCUCCUGGGGGAGCUGAUGGUGACGGGAUCCUCCCCAGACUCGCUGAGCCUCUCCUGGACCAUCCCCCAGGGCCACUUCGACUCCUUCACCGUCCAGUACAGAGACGGGGACGGGCAACCCAGGGUGGUGAGGGUCCCCGGGGACGAGGAUGGGGUCACCAUCUCGGGCCUGGAGCCAGACCACAAGUACAAGAUGAACCUGUACGGCUUCCAUGACCGCCAGCGUGUGGGCCCCGUCUCUGUCAUCGGGGUGACCACUACAGAGGAAGAGGCCCCCAGCCCCACAGAGGUGGAGGAGACCCCCAGCCCCACAGAGAUGGAGGAGACCCCCAGCCCCACAGAACCCAGCACAGAGGCCCCGGAGCCCCCCGAGGAGCCCCUCCUGGGGGAACUGACGGUGACGGGAUCCUCCCCGGACUCGCUGAGCCUCUCCUGGACUGUCCCCCAGGGCCACUUCGACUCCUUCACCGUCCAGUACAAGGGCGGGGACGGGCCCCAGGUGGUGCGUGUCGGGGGCGAGGAGACUGAGGUGACCGUUGGGGGCCUGGAGCCCGGACACAAGUACAAGAUGAACCUGUACGGCCUGCACGGGGGGCGGCGCGUGGGCCCUGUGUCCACCAUGGGCGUGACCGCUCCACAAGCAGAAGAGACUCCUCCGGCUACCGAGCCCCCCAAGGAACCGCGCCUCGGGGAGCUGACAGUGACAGAUGUGACCCCCAACUCCGUGGGCCUCGCGUGGACAGUCCCGGAGGGCCAGUUUGACUCUUUUGUGGUCCAGUACAAGGACAGGGAUGGGCAACCCCACAUGGUCCCUGUGGCCGCAGACCAGCGAGAGGCCACUGUCUCCGGGCUAGAGCCUGAGCGCAAAUACAGGAUGAAUAUGUACGGGCUACAUGGUGGGCAGCGCGUGGGCCCCCUCUCCGUGGUGGCCCUGACCGCUCCCGUCCCUCCAGCCCCAGUCACAGAGGCCCCCGUGGAGCCACGCCUGGGGGAGCUGACGGUGACGGACGUGACCCCGGACUCUGUGGGCCUCUCCUGGACUGUCCCCGAGGGCGAAUUCGACUCCUUCUUGGUCCAGUACAAGGACAGGGACGGGCAGCCCCAGGUGGUGCCUGUGGCCGCCGACCAGCGCGAGGUCACCGUCCCCGGCCUGGAGCCCAGUAGGAAAUACAAGUUCCUGCUCUUCGGGAUCCAAGAUGGGAAACGCCGCAGCGCAGUCUCUGUGGAGGCAAAGACAGUUGGCCGAGGUGACGCCAGCCCAGGAGCCCCACCCCGCCUUGGGGAGCUGUGGGUGACAGACCCCACCCCAGACUCACUGCGCCUCUCCUGGACAGUCCCUGAGGGCCACUUCGACUCCUUUGUGGUCCAGUUCAAGGACAGGGAUGGGCCUCACGUGGUGUCCGUGGAGGGCCACGAGCGCUCAGUCACCAUCAGCCCUCUGGACUCCGGCCGCAAGUACAGAUUCCUAGUCUACGGCCUUCUGGGCAAGAGGCGCCAUGGCCCCCUCACUGCCGAGGGCACCACAGAGACCCGCAGAGCUGUGGCUGAGACUGGAACAAAGCGUCCUUCAAAACCACGUCUGGGGGAGGAGCUGCAGGUGACCAGUGUGACAUCAGACUCCGUGGGCCUCUCAUGGACGGUCCCCGAGGGCCACUUCGACUCCUUUGUGAUCCAGUACAGGGACAGAGAUGGGCAACCCCAGGUGGUGCCCGUGGAGGGCAGCCACAGGGAGGUCAGUGUCUCGGGCCUGGAUCCUGCCCGCAGGUACAAGCUGCUGCUCUACGGGCUGUCCAGGGACAAGCGAGUGGGUCCCAUCUCCGCCAUCGCCGUGACCGAACCAGCUCCCAGGGAAGAAAUCGAAGCAGAGCCUGCAACCUUUAGUCCUCCAGCAUCUGAGCCCCGUCUGGGGGAGGUGACUCUGGAGGAGGCCACCCCACAGAGCCUGCAUCUCUCCUGGACGGCAACUGAGGGAGAAUUUGACUCCUUCAAGGUCCAAUACACAGACGAGGAUGGGCAACUUCAAGAAGUUAAUGUAGAGGGCAACCAGCAUGACAUCACCAUCUCUGACCUGGAAUCUGACCACAGAUAUCUGGUGAGCCUAUACGGUUUCCACAACGGGCAACGUGUUGGUCCUGCCCACAUCGAGGCCAUGACAGCCCCAAGAGAGGAGGAUGAUGAACCUUCAGAAUCUCUCUCUACCACCCAAACCCCGUCCACCGCGGUCCCUGAGCCUCCCAUCAAGCCCCGCCUGGGGGAGCUGGCGGUGACGGACGCCACCCCCGACUCCCUGAGCCUCUCCUGGACCAUCCCCGAGGGCCAGUUCGACCACUUCCUGAUCCAGUACAAGAACGGGGACGGGCAACCCAAGGCAGUGAGGGUCCCUGGGGAUGAGGACGAGGUCACCAUCUCGGGCCUGGAGCCAGACUACAAGUACAAGAUGAACCUGUACGGCUUCCACGACCGCCAGCGCGUGGGCCCCAUCUCUGUCAUCGGGGUGACCACUGCAGAAGAGGAGACCCCCAGCCCCACAGAGAUGGAGGAGACCCCCAGCCCCACAGAGAUGGAGGAAACCCCCAGUCCCACAGAACCCAGCACAGAGGCCCCAGAACCCCCCAAGGAGCCCCUGCUGGAGGAGCUAACAGUGACAGGAUCCUCCCCGGACUCGCUGAGCCUCUCCUGGACCGUCCCCCAGGGCCACUUUGACUCCUUCACCGUCCAGUACAAGAACGGGGACGGGCAGCCGAAGGUGGUGAGGGUGCCGGGGCAUGACAAUGGGGUCACCAUCUCGGGCCUGGAGCCAGACCACAAGUACAAGAUGAACCUGUACGGCUUCCACGACCGCCAGCGCGUGGGCCCCGUCUCUGUCAUCGGGGUGACCACUACAGAGGAAGAGACCCCCAGCCCCACAGAGGUGGAGGAGACCCCCAGCCCCACGGAGCCCAGCACAGAGGCUCCAGAGACCCCUGAGGAGCCCCUCCUGGGGGAGCUGAUGGUGACGGGAUCCUCCCCAGACUCGCUGAGCCUCUCCUGGACUGUCCCCCAGGGCCACUUCGACUCCUUCACCGUCCAGUACAAGGGCGGGGACGGGCCCCAGGUGGUGCGUGUCGGGGGCGAGGAGACUGAGGUGACCGUUGGGGGCCUGGAGCCCGGACGCAAGUACAAGAUGAACCUGUACGGCCUGCACGGGGGGCAGCGCGUGGGCCCCGUGUCCACCGUGGGCGUGACCGCCCCAGAAGAGGAGCCCCCGGCUAGCCCUCCUUUGAAGCCACAGCUGGGGGAGCUGACUGUGACAGACGCCACCCCCGACUCCCUGAGCCUCUCCUGGACCAUCCCAGAGGGCCAGUUCGACCACUUCUUAGUCCAAUACAAGAAUGGGGACGGGCAGCCCAAGGCGGUGAGGGUGCCCGGGGACGAGGGCGGGGUCACCAUCUCGGGCCUGGAGCCAGACCACAAGUACAAGAUGAACCUGUACGGCUUCCACGCCCGCCAGCGCGUGGGCCCCGUCUCCACUGUCGGCUUAACUGCCUCAGAAAAAGACCAAGAAAUGACCCCAGCCCCAACAGACCUGCCCACUGUAGCUCCUGAGCCUCCUAUCAAGCCCCGCCUGGCGGAGGUAACCGUGACGGAUGCCACCCCUGACUCCCUGAGCCUCUCCUGGACCGUCCCCGAGGGCCAAUUCGACCACUUCCUGAUCCAGUACAAGAACGGAGACGGGCAGCCCAAGGCAGUGAGGGUGCCUGGGGACGAGGACGGGGUCACCAUCUCCGGCCUGGAGCCAGACCAAAAGUACAAGAUGAACCUGUACGGCUUCCACGACCGCCAGCGUGUGGGCCCCAUCUCUGUCAUCGGGGUGACCACUGCAGAGGAAGAGACCCCCAGCCCUACAGAGGUGGAGGAGACCCCCAGCCCCACAGAACCCAGCACAGAGGCCCCGGAGCCCCCCGAGGAGCCCCUCCUGGGGGAGCUGACAGUGACAGGAUCCUCCCCGGACUCGCUGAGCCUCUCCUGGACCGUGCCCCAGGGCCACUUCGACUCCUUCACCGUCCAGUACAAGGGCGGGGACGGGCCCCAGGUGGUGCGUGUCGGGGGCGAGGAGACUGAGGUGACCGUUGGGGGCCUGGAGCCCGGACGCAAGUACAAGAUGCACCUGUACGGCCUGCAUGGGGGGCGGCGCGUGGGCCCCGCGUCCACCGUGGGCAUGACCGACCCUCGGGAGGUUGUGGAAGAGACCCCCAGCCCCACGGAGCCCAGCACAGAGGCCCCAGAGCCCCCCGAGGAGCCCCUCCUGGGGGAGCUGACGGUGAUGGGAUCCUCCCCAGACUCGCUGAGCCUCUCCUGGACUGUCCCCCAGGGCCACUUCGACUCCUUCACCGUCCAGUACAAGGGCGGGGACGGGCCCCAGGUGGUGCGUGUUGGGGGUGAGCAGACUGAGGUGACCGUUGGGGGCUUGGAGCCCGGACGCAAAUACAAGAUGAACCUGUACGGCCUGCACAGGGGGCGGCGCGUGGGCCCCGUGUCCACCGUGGGCGUGACCGCUCCGGACUAUGAGGCCGUGACCACCCAAACCCCCUCCACCGCGGUCCCCGAACCUCCCACCAAGCCCCGCCUGGGGGAGGUGACCGUGACGGAUGCCACCCCUGACUCCCUGAGCCUCUCCUGGACCGUCCCCGAGGGCCAGUUCGACCACUUCCUGAUCCAGUACAAGAAUGGGGACGGGCAGCCCAAGGCAGUGAGGGUGCCUGGGGACGAGGACGGGGUCACCAUCUCGGGCCUGGAGCCAGACCACAAGUACAAGAUGAACCUGUACGGCUUCCACGACCGCCAGCGUGUGGGCCCCGUCUCUGUCAUUGGGGUGACCAGUGAGUGGACGGUGGAAGCCCCAGGAUGGGACCUAGUGGGAGGAUCACCUUCUCAGGUGAAGGGGGAGUGGAGUGUGGGAGGCCCCUCUCCUCAAGGCUGAGAAGAGACCCCCAGCCCCACAGAGAUGGAGGAGACCCCCAGCCCCACAGAGAUGGAGGAGACCCCCAGCCCCACAGAACCCAGCACAGAGGCCCCGGAGCCCCCCGAGGAGCCCCUCCUGGGGGAACUGAUGGUGACGGGAUCCUCCUCGGACUCGCUGAGCCUCUCCUGGACCAUCCCCCAGGGCCACUUCGACUCCUUCACCGUCCAGUACAAGGGCAGGGACGGGCCCCAAGUGGUGCGUGUCGAGGGCGAGGAGACUGAGGUGACCGUUGGGGGCCUGGAGCCUGGACGCAAGUACAAGAUGAACCUGUACGGCCUGCACGGGGGGCGGCGCGUGGGCCCCGCGUCCACCGUGGGUGUGACCGCCUCCCUGACUACAGAGCGCCCCCUGGCACCCCGCCUAGGGGAGCUGGCGGUGGCAGCCGUGACCUCGGACACAGCGCGUCUCUCAUGGACGGUGGAGCAGGGGCCCUUUGACGCCUUCCUGGUCCAGUACAAGGAUGUGCAGGGGCAGCCCCAGGCCGUACCCGUGGCUGGAGACCUCCGAGAGGUCACAGUUUCCAGUCUGGCCCCCGGCCGCAAGUACAAGUUCCUCCUGUUCGGACUCCGGGAUGAGAAGCGACACGGCCCAGUCUCUGCAGACGCAAAGACUCUCCCAGACACGAAACUUGCUCCCCACCUGGGGGAGCUGACAGUGACGGAUGUGACCCCGGACUCCGUGGGCCUCUCCUGGACAGUCCCUGAGGGUGAAUUCGACUCCUUCGUGGUCCAGUACAAGGACAGGGACGGGCAGCCCCGCGUGGUGCCUGUGGCCGCCGACCAGCGCGAGGUCACCGUCCCCAGCCUGGAGCCCAGUAGGAAAUACAAGUUCCUGCUCUAUGGGCUGGUAGGCAGGAAACGACUGGGCCCCAUCUCCGCUGAAGGCAGCACAGCCCCCCUGGAGAAGGAACGACAGCCCCCACCCCGCCUGGGGGAGCUGACAGUGACGGAUGAGACCCCAAACUCCCUGCGCCUCUCAUGGACGGUGGCCCGGGGCCCCUUUGACUCCUUCGUGGUCCAGUACAGGGGCACAGAUGGGCAGCCCCGGAUGGUGCCUGUGGCCGCAGACCAGAGGGAGUUCACCGUAGAGGGCCUGGAGCCCGGCAGGAAAUACAAGUUUUUGCUUUACGGGCUCCUCGGAGGACAGCGCCUGGGCCCCGCCUCUGUCCUGGGAAUGACAGCCCCAGAAGAGGACACACCAGCGCCCUGGCGUGCAGCCACGGAAGCCCCCAAGCCCCCUGUAGGGCCCCGCCUAGGGGUGCUGGCAGUGAGGGACGUGUCCCCGGACUCCCUGCGCCUCUCCUGGAGUGUGGUCCAGGGCCCCUUUGACUCCUUCGUGGUCCAGUAUCAGGACACAGAUGGGCAGCCCCAGGCCUUGCUCGUGGGGGGCGACCAGAACAAGGUCCUCGUGUCAGGCCUGGAGCCCAGCACCUCCUACGAGUUCUUCCUCUACGGCCUCCACGAAGGGAAGCGCUUGGGGCCCGUCUCAGCUGAGGGCACCACAGGGCCAGUUCCUGCGGGUCAGACGCCCGGAGAGCCCGGGCCCAGGCUGUCUCACCUGUCGGUGACGGAUGUGACCACGAGUUCACUGCGGCUCAACUGGGAGGCCCCACCCGAGGCCUUUGACUCCUUCCUGCUCCGCUUCGGAGUCCCAUCUCCAAGCACCCUGGAACCACAGCUACGUCCCCUGCUGCAGCGGGAGCUGACGGUGCCAGGGACACGGCGCUCGGCUGUGCUGCGGGACCUGCAUCCAGGGACCCUGUACACCCUUACAUUGUACGGGCUGCGCGGGCCCCACAAGGCCGACAGCAUCCAGGGCACAGCCCGGACCCUCAGCCCAGUUCUGGAGAGCCCCCGUGACCUCCAAUUCAGCGAAAUCAGGGAGACCUCAGCCAGGGUCAGCUGGACGCCCCCAACAUCCAGGGUGGACGGCUUCAAAGUUUCCUACCAACUGGCAGAUGGAGGGGAGCCACAGAGUGUGCAGGUGGAUGGCCGGACCCAGAAACUCGAGGGGCUGAUCCCAGGAGCUCAAUAUGAGGUGACUGUGGUCUCCGUCCGUGGCUUUGAGGAAAGUGAGCCUCUCACGGGCUUCCUGACCACAGUUCCUGAUGGCCCCACCCAGCUGCGGGCACUGAACCUGACUGAUGAAUCUGCCCUGCUGCACUGGAAGCCCCCCCAGACUCCGGUGGAUACCUAUGACGUCAAGGUCACAGCCCUAGGGGCCCCUUCCCUCCAGGCCUCAGCCCCUGGGAGCGCUGUGGACUACCCCCUGCAGGGUCUGGUGACCCACACCAACUACACAGCAACCUUGCGUGGCCUUCGGGGCCCCAACUUCACCUCCCCAGCCAGCAUCACCUUCACCACAGGAUUGGAGGCACCCCAGGACUUGGAGGCCAAGGAAGUGACCCCCCGCACAGCCCUGCUCACUUGGACAGCGCCCGAAGUCUCCCCAACUGGUUACCUGCUCAGCUUCAACACCCCAGGGGGACAGACCCAGGAGAUCGUGCUGCCAGGAGGGGUCACCUCUCACCAGCUCCGCGGCCUCUUUCCCUCCACCCCCUACAGCACCUGGCUCCGGGCCAUGUGGGGUGACAGCUUCACUCCCCCCGUGACCACUUCCUUCACCACUGGUGGACUGCGGAUCCCCUUCCCCCGGGACUGUGGGGAGGAGAUGCAGAACGGGGUCAGCACAUCAAGGACCACCACCAUCUUCCUCAAUGGCAACCGCGAGCGACCUCUGAACGUGUUUUGCGACAUGGAGACCGAUGGGGGUGGCUGGCUGGUGCGUGGCGGUCAGAAGCCCAUGGGGUCUGUAUCAGGAGGGGUUGCCAGGCCGGGGCACAGGCUGAUGGUACCGCCACCUACUUUCCAGGUAUUCCAGCGCCGCAUGGAUGGAAAAACGGACUUCUGGAGGGACUGGGAGGACUACGCCCAUGGUUUUGGGAACAUCUCUGGGGAGUUCUGGCUGGGCAAUGAGGCCCUGCAUAGCCUGACCAGAGCCGGUGACUACUCCUUGCGCGUGGACCUGCGGGCUGGGGACGAGGCCGUGUUUGCCCAGUACGACUCCUUCCAAGUGGACUCGGCCGAGGAGUACUACCGUCUCCACCUGGAAGGCUACCAUGGCACCGCAGGGGACUCCAUGAGCUACCACAGCGGCAGCGUCUUCUCUGCCCGGGACCGAGACCCCAACAACUUGCUCAUCUCCUGUGCUGUCUCUUACCGAGGGGCCUGGUGGUACAGGAACUGCCACUAUGCCAACCUUAACGGGCUUUAUGGGAGCACAGUGGACCACCAGGGAGUGAGCUGGUACUACUGGAAGGGCUUCGAUUUCUCAGUGCCCUUCACGGAAAUGAAGCUGAGACCAAGAAACUACCGGCCCCCGGGCAGGGGAGGCUGAGCCGCCGCUCACCCCUCCAGCGCCCCACCAUGACUGCCGAGCACUGAGGGGUUGCGCCUAGAGAAGAGCCAGGGGCCACCUUGACCAUCCAGCCACCAGCGGAAGCCUUCUCCACCCGCGAUCUCACAGCACCAUGUUUACAGGGGGGAGGGCAAGGGUUUGCACGGGAGCAAUAAAAGGAGACACCGAG